AUGGACUUGCUGGAAUCUUUUAGAAAGAUGGCCUUGUGUCUCUUUGUUGGGUAUAGAGCUCUCUCGAUCAACGAGACGCCUGUGGCAUGUAUUCUUGUGUCAGAUGAAGACCAACUGGUUUUAAGUAUUGGUUAUAAUGACACCAAUAGAUCGUUGAAUGGUACUAGACAUGCGGAAUUUUUGGCCAUCGAUAAGGUUUUAAGUACAAGAUGCAAUGGUGUUAGCGGUUCAGUUUUGCCGGAAAGAACCACACUAUAUGUGACAGUGGAACCAUGUAUCAUGUGUGCGUCAGCAUUGAAACAAGUUGGUAUUUCCACCGUGGUGUAUGGGUGUGGCAAUGACCGCUUUGGAGGUAAUGGUACCGUUCUUCUGAUUCAUGAGGGUAACUACAAGAUCUUACCGGGUAUACUAAGAACGGAAGCCAUUCAAUUAUUACGAAAUUUUUACAUUCAAGAAAAUGAAUCAGCACCAGAUCCAAAGAUUAAAAAAAAUAAAGAUUUAGAUAACAAAGAAUAUCCGACCAUGGACUAUAGUAGGUACAUGGAUAGGGCAAGCUUUUUAGAAAGUUACGGAUCUGAAAGAAUAAAUGUAUAUAGUGGCGACACAGAAAUCACGCCUGUAUUUGGGAGUGGCUACUCGAUAAGAGAUUUGAUUUCGUUAGAACAGGUUUUAUCACUCCCAGGAAUCGAAGUCAUGUACCCCAAUGGGAAAGACAAUCUUGAAAUAUUUAUUGAACAAGAUUUGAACAGAUUCUAUAAAAUGUUUUAUGAUAUCAAUAAUGAAGGUCACGUUAACUUUUCAGGCUCAAUAUUAACUACUGACUCUGAUGAUUACAUAGAUACAAAGAGAAGGAAAGUUGAAUAG